GUGGUAUUGCCGGAAUCCUACCAGAUUGGAAUUGAUUAGUUGGCAUCAAUUGUACAGUCGUUACCCGUUGUGGUAGAUUCGAAAGCAAUGGGAAAGGAUAACGAUCUCAACAGCACCCAGAACCUGGUUCAUCCAGAAUGGGAAAUUCUAGAUCCUACGCCGGACAUUUUCACAUUGUUUCCUCUGUUUGAUCGUAAAUUCUUCCAAGGCAAGUUAUCAUGCGUUCAGUUGGAGUGGAGCAAGAAAAUGUACAACUGUGCAGGAAUUUGCUACCAACGGUCAAACCGCUUGGGGAAGAGUUGUAUCAUAAGACUGAGUGAACCGCUGCUCAAGUUGAGGCCUCGUAAAGAUCUCAUCCAGACACUUCUGCACGAAAUGAUCCAUGCGUACUGUUUCGUUUUGGGAAUUCGUGAAGGUAACGGUGGACAUGGACCAACGUUUAAAAAAAUCAUGAAUGGCAUCAAUAAGAUUGCUGGGACAAAUAUAACGGUCUAUCAUAGCUUCCAUGAUGAAGUUAAUCUUUACAAAACUCACUGGUGGAAAUGCAACGGUCCAUGUCAAAACCGGCAUCCAUUUUUCGGCCUGGUAAAGCGUACAACUAAUCGUAAACCCGGUACGUACGAUUUCUGGUGGCAGGAGCAUCAGCUAACGUGCGGUGGAGAAUUCAUUAAAAUACGCGAACCAUCUCCUAAACGAAAGCGAGCAACGAAUAAGGAAAAUAAUCCCGGUUUUUUGACACCAACCAAAUCUGGCAAAACAAAAUCUAUCACUGGUAGUCAGAGUAAUGUGAUAUCUAAUUAUUUUAACAACCCCAAUACCCCUGCAUCCGGUUCUGCUAUUCCAAAGCCAUCAGUCAGAUCUGUACCACCGAAGAAAACACAUAUUCCUGGUGCAAAGCCGAAUUUUGGGGGAGGAACUCUCGUUGUUAGAAAACCACCAGUAACAAAGGCAUCAACCGUGACUCCCAAACCAGUUAAACCAACUACAACGGCACAGCCAAAUCCAAGUGCGGUACCUGGUACCUCGCGCCGUUCUCCUAUUAGGGGUAAUCUACGAAACGUGAAACAAUUUAAAGACCUUUCAAGCGACGAUGAGGGGCCGCCAAAACCGAAACCUUCCCCGAUUCCUCUUUUUACCGGGAAAGGUGUUACGCUGGGGACGACUACGAGCGCAGGACCAGGAGAACGAAGAAGUCGAUUGUUGGAUAAGUUUCCCGCAAGUAGUACAAAUCCUUCAAAAUCUAAAAAACCUCGAAUAGAGGAAACACCAAGUACCAGUACCGGCAGCACAAUCGAAACCAUCCUUCUGUCGGACGAUUCCGACUAUCUUUUUGACGAUAUUGAUCUGGCAGAAGUAGAAAAAACGGCCGCGAAUAUAAAAAAGGAGCGUCAGGAUGCGAUCAAAAAAGAAAUCAUUGAUUCGUUCACCGGCGAAGACACGGAUGACAUUGUCCUCAUUGACGAUGAUUACGACGAUGAACUAACCGAUGACGAACUCGCCUCAAUAGACGAUGCCCUGUUGGAUCGGUCCGUAAUUGAUGAGCUGUUCAAUGAAAGCGAUGAGCUUAUCGAGGAUUUCAAUCGUACCAAUGCGAAAGUGAAGGUAGAAAAACCGGAUGACGAAAUUGUCUCGUGUCCGAUGUGCCUUAAAAAAAUGGCCCGCUGUAAGAUCGGUGAUCAUCUCGAGGUUUGCUAUUCGCGCCUGUCCGGUGAGAGUACCAGCGCAGGAAAAUCCAACACGCAUAGUACUGCCACUUCCAUUAACGUGAAUAUGCCAUCGACAUCGAGAGGGCCGGCGACGACAAUCCAACCUCCGAAGAAAACAUCGGCUUCGCAAAGCAAAAAACCUCCCGAAGGAGAAUCGAAUAUAAUUACGGCGCAACAGCAACUUUUGCGAGACUGUGGCUAUACCGAUGCAGAUAUUUCGCGAGUCCUAGAAGACUCAUCGCCAAAUGAUAUGCCUGCACCAGAUUUACACACCCUACGGCAACAAGUUUUGCGAGACUGUGGUUACACGGAGGCUGAUAUCACGCGAGCACUGGAUGAUGCGGUGCGGGAUGAUGCGCUGGAUGCAGAUGUGGAAAUUAUAUCCGCUGUAGAUAGUUGCGACUGCCCCGCUUGUGGCCGAAAUAUUGCACUUAAUGCCAUUAACCAACACCUCGACCAGUGUCUGUCGAAGUAG